AUGGCCGACUCAUUAGAGCAAAGUGCCGAGCUGGCUUGGCCAGAAUUCAUAAAGACGAGAGUGCUCAACACCAUCACAAGCUCACGCGUCUCGGAUCGCCUCGACUUUAUUAACCACGCAUUACUGAUCCGCCUUCGCAGAAAAGAUCUUCCAAUCGAGGCAUUGCCAUCUUUAUUACACCUUAUCUUUUUAACGUACUCUCGCUAUCAUGAUCGAGAAUCGCGACGUGCCAUCCUGGAGGUGCUCAAAGAACUCGACAAUUGGAACGCAGAACACUUUCAAAAGACGAUUGUACCUGCACUUGUAAAGGAAGCAGAAAAGAUUGGCAAACGUACAUCGACAGGGGAUUCCAUCACGCCAUCAGGUGAUCGUUUCAACUUGUUGACAUGGAUCGAUUUGCUUCUUACACGUGUUCUUCAACAACAACAACAACAACAAAACACCACUGCUAUUACACAGCUCGUUAAUGCACAAGCGUUGUUACUCGACACUUUGGUUUGCGAUCAAGAUAGAAAGACCAUCUCAAAAAGUGCUUUGGUCGAAGUACGACGCACCAUUCGUCAAAACGCUUCAUUCAUUCCAACAUUGAUCGAUGCAGCACUUUCCAACGCACAACUUUGCACACCCUCUUAUCGCAAUGCUAUUCUUAUUGGCACCAUGAUCGACACGAGUUUACGGCUAAAGCAAAAGUGGGCUGAACAAGGGCAGCAAAUGAUUGUGGAUGCAAAGACCAAAUUGAACGAGUACUAUUUGAAGAAUAUCAUGUCCGCACGCACCGCAGCACCUGUACCAGUACUUGACGCAUUUGGCGAUUUUGUACACUCGUUUGUACCCGAGGAUUUGUUUACAAAGGAAUACGUGCCCGUGAUUGAAAAGAUCAUGCUCCGAUCCCCUGAAGUAGCAUUACGAGCCACCUCUCGUCUUGUUUUACGCCUGUCAUUCGAUCCAUCCACUUUAUUCGCCACCAAAUGGCUUGAUCCUGUACUCAAUCAUUUACGUUCAUCCUCGGCCAAUGUGCGUGCAGCAGCUACCAUGUUAUGGGAUUCGUUAGCGUUCAAGUGCAAAGAUGUCGAUUCGCUUGUCAAGGUGGCCACGGCUGUGAGCAAGUUAUUGACGACUGGCAAAGUGUCAUCUUGGGAACAUCGAAUUGUAGUAUUCAAUGCAUUAUCAGCACUUGCACAAUGUGAGGAGCCAUCCGUGAGUGAAAAGGCAUUGGAGGGUUACUUUACCAUGCUGGCCAAGGAAUCCAAUGAACAAGCCAUGUCAGCUGCUGUGGAUGGUACGGGCCGUCAUUUGUCUAUCUUGAUCUACAAUGAUGCCUACUGCAAGGACCAUAAGGCUAUCGUGGAUAAGGCUGUCAAGACAUCUUCCGAUGGAUUGAAAUCCACCAAAGCCAAUGCACGCAAGGGUUGGGCCGUCGCUCUUGGUGAUACGGUGUGGGCACAACGAAAGCCUAGUGACACUCUCAGCGCCAAUAUCAUCCCACUCGUUCAGAAUUUGUUUGCGACAUUUGACAAGAUUGUGGAUAAACCAUUGGUGUGGAAGGAUGGUCCAUUGGAAGCUUAUGUUCUUGUCGGCAUGGUAUCAGGUCGUAUCCAACAAUGGCCUACACAGCCCAUUGAUGAUUUGCUCAAGAAGCACAAGUACCCCUCCUCCUUGUUGGUGUCGAAUCCCAAGCCAAGCUUUUUAUUGUGGGAUCGUAUCUAUACAAAGGCUCUUACUGCUCCAGAAGGUCUUUGGUUGGUGCGUGCUUUGACAAGUGUGCUUGAACGUGAAUCCCUUGCUUCUCUCAAAUCGGGUGCUGGUUUCUUGUGUGCUCAAGCCCUUAUUUGGAUCCUCACCAGUCAUCCAGAACACACUGUACGUCGUGCUGCUUACUCUGAUGCCUCCGCUGUCACCAUGGUCGAUGCUGAUAAGAUGGGCACUUUUAUGAAAGAAGCCUUAACACAAUGGCUACUUGAUAUGGAAAGAAAGACCAAGGAUAGCACCGCUAUGGUUGCCAUGAACGCUGACAACUACCGUGAAUCCGUUGCAUCCUAUCGCACCGCCAGCGUACUCAAUGUUAUGACUUCUUUUGGCCCCGAUGUUCCUAUCGAGACUCGUGAAUCAGUUUUGGUCAACCUUAUGAUCCUUGCUCACCACAAAUACAUCGCAUCACCCAACGACAAGUACAACUGGAUCACGCUCAUGCAACGUGCAGGCAUCAACCCAGGCAAAUUGGUCAAGGAUCAUUCAUCGACUUUGAUGGAAUUAUUGAAAUCAGCAUUUGCUGCACGUGGUGAAUCUGAAAUGUUUUAUCAAGCGGCCCUUUCAGCUGUUUCUACACUCGCGUUUAUUCGUCCAAAGUUGAUUUCUUCAUUCAUCGAGCUUAUUCAAGACAACCUUGAUCCCAAGUUGAUGGAGGGUAUUGACGAUACCGAACGUUGCAUUUGGAAGACUCCCGAGGGUGAAGUUUACGUUGAUGUACUCAACAAGAACAAAAAGACAGUGGUUACCGAGAACCGUAAUCGUAAGGGAUACGCUGACGACAUGUGGGAACAAGAGCUUCGUGAAGAAUUGGCAAAGAAAAAGGGUCUCAAUACGCAAAAGAAAUUGACCAAGGAAGAGCAAUUGGCCGUCAAAGCGCAACUUAAAAAGGAAAGCGAGAUCCGUGCUCAUGUACAGGGUGUGUUUGACAAGCUGUCAUUGGGUCUUGCUCUUGUACGGUCUUUGGUAGCCGGCAACCGACCCGAUUUAUCCGCCAGCUUGGUAUCCCUUGUACGCACCCUGCUUGCCAUUGCUAAUGCCCGUGGUGGUAUUCUUGUGGGUGACAACUUGGUCGACACCUAUCUUGUCCUUGGCGAGUGUGUGGAUGAAGACAUCUAUGCUAUUCGCAGCGCCAUUGCCUUGUCAACUUUGCGGGCCAACAAAGUGUUCCCCAUCCCAUCACGCUGGUUAGACGAACCUCUCAACGAUUUGAUUGCUCGUGUAUUGUAUCGUUUGCGCUUCAUCACCGAAUCACGUCCAUUGGAACCUGCUACUUUUGGUUACUGUUUCCCCGUAUUGCAGCAAGUCAUUUUGCAAGGUGGUGUUGGAUGUGAUAAGAAGGAUUCGGAAGCUGCUAGUGAGCAAGUGGUGAUGGCUGUUGAUAUCAUUGGCUUCCAUUGCCCCAACGGCAGCUCCCCCAUGAUGCCACGCAAGGAAAUGAUUGACAGCCUCUUGUACAGCAUCAAAGAGUAUCCACCAAGCAGCAAAAAUGCAAAGGCAUCCGUUGUAGCAUUGUGUGAAUUCAUGAGUGAAGGUGACGUCGAUCGCUCCGAAAUCGAUACUCUCUUCCAAGGCUUGCUUUCGGAUGAAUCCUUGGUUCGCAACGCUGCCCUUCAAGGUUUGGAUCUUUUGGAUUUGACGGGCAUUGAAUACUCCCCCGAAUUGUGGUUGGUGUGCCAUGAUCAAAAUGAGCAGAACGCCGAUCUUGCCGAUGAGUUGUGGACCGAAUAUAGCAUGCAGGUGGUGCCUUCGUACAAGGAUCAACUCCUUGAUUAUGCAGUAUCCGAUUCGACCUAUAUUCGUACAUCGGCUAGCAAGGCUAUUGCAGAUGCACUUGAGAUCCACCCUGAUUCUGUUGUCGAUACAUUGGAAGCCAUUUAUGGCAUCUACAAGCAAAAGGCUGCAUCAUUGGAUCCCGAGUAUGACAAGUUUGGUAUGGUGAUCCCUGAGACUGUGAACCGUAAAGAUCCUUGGGAGGCUCGUUCUGGUCUUGCUCUUGUUCUCAAGCAAGCCGCACCCUACAUGCGUAUGGAAAAUGUGCCAGGCUUUUGCAACUUUUUGAUCCAAAAUGAAGCAUUGGGUGAUCGUGAUGAGACUGUACGCAAGCAAAUGCUUGAUGCUGGUUUGGCUGCUGUGAGUGUGUAUGGCAAACAAGGCGUACAAGAUCUGCUGGCAACAUUUGAGUCCUAUCUCAACAAAAAGGCUCCCGACAAUGAGACACACGAUUACAUUCGUCAAGCUGUUGUCAUUCUUUAUGGUGCUGCUGCUGGUUUCUUGGAUGAAGGUGAUCCCAAGGUCCAGGAUGCUGUUGACAAGUUGAUUGGUACAUUGGAUACGCCUUCCGAAGUGGUGCAAAGUGCUGUGGCCGAUUGUCUUCCUCCUCUUAUCAAAAAGAUCAAGCCCAACGUGCCAAAGAUCGUCGAAUCUCUCUUGCAAAAGUUGUUUGAAUCUGAAAAGUAUGCCCAACGUCGUGGUGCUGCUUAUGGUUUGGCUGGUGUCGUCAAAGGUCGUGGUAUCGUUGCUCUCAAGGAAUGCGAUAUUAUGACCACACUCAAGGAAGCUGCUGAAAGUAAAAAGGGAUUCCAAUAUCGCCAAGGUGCUCUUUUUGCAUUCGAGACUCUAUCGGCUACGUUGGGUCGCUUUUAUGAGCCAUACAUUAUCCAAAUUGUGCCAUACCUGUUGUCGUGCUUUAGUGAUGCCAACAUGGAUGUACGUGAAGCUGCUUCAGAUGCUGCACGUGUUAUCAUGAGCAAGAUCAGUGGUCAUUGUGUGAAGCAAAUCCUACCCUCCAUUCAAGAUGGUCUUGAGGAAAGACAAUGGCGUACCAAAAAGGCUUCGGUGGAAUUGCUUGGUGCUACUGCCUAUUGUGCUCCUAAGCAAUUGUCCGUAUCACUCCCCAACAUUAUCCCACGUAUCACUGAUGUCUUGGCUGAUACCCAUUCGCAAGUCCAACAAGCUGCCAAUCGAUCUUUGCAACUCUUUGGUGAAGUCAUUAGCAACCCUGAGAUCCAAGAACUUGUGCCUGUAUUGCUUGAUGCGCUUAGCGAUCCUAACCGUAAGACCAUGUCAGCGCUUACAUCCUUGUUGCGUACGUCGUUUGUACACUACAUUGAUCCUCCCUCACUUGCCCUUGUGAUGCCUAUUCUUGAACGUGGUUUACGUGAACGUGGUACUGAAGUCAAGACGAAGGCUACUCAAAUUGUGGGCAACAUGGCAUCGCUCACUGAUCAACGCGACUUGACUCCAUAUUUGCCAAUCUUGUUGCCAGGCGUCAAACAAGUGUUGGUUGAUCCUGUACCUGCUGCACGUGGUACCGCUGCCAAGGCACUUGGUAGUUUGGUUGAGAAAUUGGGUGAAGAUACCUUCCCUAAUCUCGUGAUGGAGUUGCUUGAUACGCUCAAAACGGAUACGGGUGGUGUGGAUCGACAAGGUGCUGCUCAAGGUCUUUCCGAAGUACUUGCAGGUCUUGGUUUGGAGAGACUUGAUGAUGUGUUGCCUGAAAUCAUUGCCAAUGCCGACAGCCCUCGUCCCUAUGUUCGUGAAGGUUUUAUUUCAUUGCUGGUCUAUUUGCCUGCUACUUUUGGUGGUCGCUUCCAACCCUAUCUUGGUCGUAUCAUUCCUCCUAUUCUUAUGGGUUUGGCCGACGAAUCAGAGUUUGUGCGUGAUGCAUCUUUGCGUGCUGGUCGUAUGAUUGUCAUCAACUAUGCUACCAAGGCUGUCGACUUGUUGUUGCCGGAACUUGAAAAGGGAUUGUUUGAUGAUAGCUGGCGUAUUCGUCAAAGCUCUGUACAGCUUGUGGGUGAUUUGUUGUUCCGUAUCACGGGUAUCACCAACCCCAACAGCAAGUUCCAGGCUCUUGGUAACGUUGAGGAGAUCAAGGAAGAUGAUGAAGGUGAAGAUGGUUACACUGGUGCUGCUGAAGGUGGCAAGAAGCAACUUGUCGAUCUUCUCGGCAAGGAACGUCGUGAUCGUAUCUUGGCUGCCCUUUACAUUAUUCGCCAAGACAGCUCUGGUCAAGUGCGUCAAUCCGCUUUGCAAGUGUGGAAGGCUCUUAUUUCCAACACACCUCGCACCGUCAAGGAGAUUAUGUCUGUGAUGAUGUCGCUCAUUAUCAAGAAUUUGGCUGGUUCCAGCUACGAGUUACGAGCCGUAUGUGCUCGCACUUUGGGCGACUUGGUGCAAAAGCUUGGAGAGCAAUUACUUGCCGAAAUCAUUCCUUUGUUGGAAGAAGGCAUGGAUUCACCCGAUGAAGCUACACGUCAAGGUGUCACUAUUGCAUUCAGCGAAUUGAUGACAGCUGCUGGCAAGGUGCAAGUUAUGGAUUUCGCACACCAAAUCAUUCCUGCUGUUCGCAAGGCUCUUUCCGAUCCAUCACCCGAAGUACGCGAAGCUGGUGCUCGAGCAUUCGAUACGCUUCAUCAAAACGUUGGUGCUCGUGCCAUCGACGAGAUUUUGCCUGCAUUGCUCAACCAGCUUACUUCUUCGACCGAGUCUUCUACUUUUGCUCUUUCAGCACUCAAGGAAAUUAUGGCUGUUCGUGCCAAUGUGGUGUUCCCAGUAUUGAUCCCUACUUUGAUCACUGUACCUAUCACGCCAUUCAAUGCUCGUGCCUUAGCAUCACUUGUCACAGUGGCUGGCCCAGCUCUCAACCGCCGUUUGACAACUAUCCUAUCAGCCAUUGUUGAAACACGCAUGAUUGAUAAUGAUCCCGAACUCGACAAGGAGCUUUCUGCAACUACCGAAGCCAUGUUGGUAUCCUUGGAUGAGGAGGAUGGCUUGCCUACUUUGGUUGCCACAUUGCAAGAAUACGCUCGUAGCGACAACCCCAAGAAGCGUAAGGUGGCAUGCGAUAUGACAGCGUCUUUGUACACGGACAGCAAGCUCGAUGCCUCAGCUUAUGUACCCGAUUGGAUUGGUACUUUGGUGUCAUUGUUUACUGAUUAUGCUGAAGAAGUUAUUCGUGCAUCAUGGGCUGCUCUCAAUGCUGUUACCAAAUCCGUCCCCAAGAGUGAAUACGAAGAGUUGGUCGCCCCUACAAGACAAGCUGUUCGCAGUGUUGGUGUUGCUGGUACCGAUGUGCCAGGUUUUUGUUUGACCAAGGGCAUUGGUCCUUUGUUGCCUAUUUUCUUGCAAGGUUUGAUGAAUGGCUCUUCGCAGACACGUGAACAGGCAGCAUUGGGUGUUGGUGAUCUCAUCAAUCGUACUUCAUCGGAUGCGCUCAAGCCAUUUGUCACCCAAAUCACCGGUCCUCUUAUCCGUAUCAUUGGUGAUCGUUAUCCCCCUCAAGUCAAGGCUGCUAUUCUUCAAACAUUGAGUCUACUCCUGACUAAGGUACCCAUGCAUCUUAAGCCUUUCCUUCCACAACUGCAACGCACCUUUAUCAAAUCCUUGUCCGAUCCUACAAGCAACAUUGUGCGAUCCCGUGCAGCUAAUGCACUUGGUAUCUUGAUCACUUUGCAAACGCGUGUGGAUCCUUUGGUGGCUGAAUUGGUGUCUGGUAUUCGUACAAGUGAAGCUAGUAUCAAGGAGACCAUGAUGAACGCUUUGCAAAACGUGGUAUCCAAAACAGGAGCUGAUCUCAGCGAGACAUCCAAACGCAGCGUGAUUUCGGUGAUUGCUGAUGGACUUUCGGAUAAUGCCGAUACUGGUAUGAUGGCAUGUGCAGCUCGUUUGUUGGGUAGCUUGGCCAAGGCAUUAGCUCUUGAAGACACCCGUGCCACUGUUCAAGACCACGUGCUUUCUGAAUCGGCACCAUUGUAUGGCUCGCUUAUGGCUAUCAAUGCAUUGCUCGCUGAUACACCCACUUUGCUCGAAGAUCUCGGCAUUGUUGACCAAGUUGUGGAGCGUGUUAUUGAAGCUUCAGAGAAUGAUAAGGAUUACAUACCCGAGGCAGCCCUCACAGCAGCAGGCAAGCUGCUGCUUACCGACUACUUCCAAAAUGAAGAGGUUAUCAACCGCCUUGUUCCUGCAUUGGCUCGAGUGAUUGCUUCCUCAAGUGCUGGUGCUGGUGAAAAGAAGCGUGUCGCUUUGGUUGUCUUGCGUGCCGUUGGAAGAAAUCAUGCCAGUUUGCUUGAACCUUUCUUGGAUCAGUUGAUACCACCCAUGAUGAACUGUGUCCGUGAACGCAACAUCCCAGUGAAGCUGACGGCCGAACGUGCAUUGAUGUAUACUCUUCAACUCCAUGCUAGUGAAGCUGUCUAUGAGCGUUACCUUUCAUCGGUUGAUGCUACCACCCAAAAGCAGAUUUCGGAUUACCAUCGCCGUGUUCUCAGCAAACUUGUACAACAGGAACACCAACGUGUUAGUCAACUCCAUGGUUCUCUCGAUGAACAAGCCGAGGAAGAAGAUGCAGAAGUUUGGCAAAUCGGAUCUUUGCAACGAUUCAAUGACGAAGACGAUGAAUAA